CUCCAUUCUGUAAGUGGCAGUGCCUGUCAAAUUGUCUCUUUUCUUCAGCCAGCUGGGCUUAGUCUUGUCUGCCAAAUACCACACAUCUCACCUCGAUUUUACUGCUUUCUUUUAAAACCAUUAAAACUCACCCCUCAGACUCUGUGACUCUACAUAAGACGAGGAUCGAGGAGAGAUUUUUCUAGUUGUAGUUGUUAUCCUAUAAAUAGCGGCCUGGACUGAGGCUUUAGUCACCUGUUCUCGCCUUCUCUACCUGCGUUUUAAACUUAGCAAACUCAGGAUUGUGGGAGUGAGUCAAGACGGGUUUGCCAUUGUGGAUGCUUGGGCUGGAGUCUUAUCGGUUGGUUGCCGAUAUGAAUCGUCUACUCGCUUUGCUCUUCCACCAGGGAGUUUUGGAUGAGCAGUUCUUACAGCUACAGCAGUUGCAAGACGAAAGCUCACCGAACUUUGUGUCCGAAGUGGUGAACAUCUACUUCAACGAGUCCGAGAAGCUCUUGCGCAAUCUCAGAACAUUGUUGAUGGAUAGGGAACAAUGGGAGUACAAGAGAGUGGGAGUUCAUCUGAAUCAGCUGAUUGGGAGCAGCUCCAGCAUCGGUGCUAACAGGAUCAGAAAUGUUUGCGUCGCCCUUCGCGCUGCUUCGGAACAAAAUAACAGACUCGGGUGCUUGAGGGCUUUGGAUGUUCUGGAACACGAGUACUGCUAUCUCAAGAACAAACUACACGAAUUCUUCCAUAUAGAGCAGCAACGAGUAUUGGCAGCAGGAAUCAGAUAUCCGAACCCAAUGCAACAGCAGCAACAGUAAAACUCUCAGAACUGACUCCGCUUCCAAUAACAACGUUCGUGCUGUAAAACUAACCAUCAUCAACAGUAGAAGAUCUUCAAUUCCGAUGUUCUCGCCGUUAAUUUCUCAAAUUGUCGCGUGGUCAUGACUUUUUAUCAGACUAGUAGUGUACUAAUAGAUUCUGCUGUCUUUUUGUUUGUUGUUUGGUUCAGUUAAUGUAGUCGUAUAAAUAUGUGUAAGCUCAGGUUUGAAUGAAUGAUGAUGAACUCUCUGUUGGUUUCU